GCAAACAUAUUGAAACUGUAAAUUGAGUAUUUCUAUUGUUAGUUUGGAUUAAACUUAAAUAACUGUUGUCAUGACAUGAAAUCAACUUUUCAAUUGCAAAGAUAUUAUGAAGAGUCGUUUUUAUCCGAUUGCAAGAAUGAAUUUGAUCUCAACUCUUUAGCAGAUAAUAUUGAUUUCACUGUUUAUAACUAUCUAGGUCACGAUAUACUUGUGUGCCGAAAACCAGCCUUAACAGAACAUCAUAGCUCUAGAUUGAAGACUGAUGACAGAAUCGACUUAUUAUACGAUUUGAAAACAUCUCUGGAAGAGGAACGACGUGAAAAAACUGGUCAUUCAUAUGAUUAUAAACCUCAGAAAAUGCAGUGUGGGCCUCAUUUUCUUCACCGCGCUCAAUUUCACUCUUCGAAAUGUGCGUUUCCAAAUCCAAAAAUAAAAGUCAAUAUUGAAAACCUUCAUAUGUACCCGGGCUUGAAGUGGAGUGUGAACAGAACUCAAAAAAUAAGUAGACGAACUGCUUCCAGGUCAAGCAAUGUCAUUCCAAUAACCAGCUUCAUAAGUGAUAUAUUUAAAUUACAUAGGAUUCAAUAAAAGCGUCUUAAGAUUGACAAAGUUAUGUAUGCACAAUGGAGAAGAUGAACUGUAACCACAUAAAUAUAUAUGGAAAUAGCAACAUGUCCACAUUAGCUAGUACAAUAAACUGCAAUAUAUUUCCCUCGGGAGAGAUAAUGAAUUACAAGUGUAAACAAGUUUUUCAGAUGUUACUUUUGGUACUGACUAUAUUCCAAACUGCAUGAAAUUGUAUUACCCACAAUGCUAGCUAUUCGUCUCUACAUUUUGACUCAAAUGUUUUGUCUUUAGAAUACCAUCGUGGAUUUGUUUGGUUUUAAAACGAUAAAAUUCAUAGGCAUGUCCUUAACAGAAGCUAAGUAUUGUUUGAGUGAAAAAAUAGUCUUUUUAAUAAACAUUAAAGUCUGCUCCUUUUAGACACAUUUGACGUACAUGUUCACUUCCUUUAAAAAACUCAUGUAUUUAUAAAUUUAAAUAAAUUAAAAUUCGAA